GGGAGGGAAGAAGCUGCUUUCACAGGAGACGGAUGAAGAGAGUGAAUCCACACAACGUGAGUGCCGGCAGUGGAUGAGGGAGGGGGGCUUCCAGACUGGACGGGCCCAGCAAUGCCUUGAUGGAGUAUGGGCCAGGUUUUAGGAUUCUCCCACUGCCAGGAAUAUGGCUCUGUGGCAUCCACCCCAGACUCAACACCUCCAUGCACCGAUGGCGGCAACGAGGAGUCAGAGAUGUGCGAUCUGCAAACAGCCAGAGAGUGGUCCGAUGAUGACGAUGAGGAAGUGGAGACAGGAGAUCCGGACGACGACGAAGGACAAGCUUCCUCCCCGUCCAUCUGGGGGACUCCUCGCCAGCACUCCUUCGAGCUGACCUUCUCUUACAUCGCCAUCGCAGAGGCCGAAGCGGUUGGGAGCUCACGCCACCAUCGUGAGCGACGCAGGGGUGUCCCCCGGCUGGGACGCAGUCCUUUGAUUCGAACUGACACGCUGGAAAUGCUGUUAGACUCCCCUGAUGUGGACUGGGAGCCACAGGGAUUUCUCAGUCAAGAUGAAGAAGAGACAACAUCAGAGACUAGAGCGCGGGAGUCAGAGGAACCAAGGACAGCAAGCCCUGUGGGAAGAAGGGAAGGGGAACAAAGGGAAACUCUUCCAGUGCAGCCCGCUCCUGAAACUCUGGACUCAAAAAGUGGAAGGACAUCUGUGGGAGAUGGACGAGAAGAGAGCGCAAGUCAGAUUGGUCAACGGACUUCUGAGAUCCAGCAACACAGUUUCUCACAGAUAGCUCAGGCAGAGGAUUCACCAACCUCAGAGCCCGAGUCUCCCGUCACCUUGGAAACCAUUUCAGUCAAGCUGCUCACCUCUGUGCGACCCACAGACCCAGUGCGUUCGUCCGCGGCUUCCGUAGGCCUCAACUCUCAGGAACAGCUGCUCAGAGAUCAUUGGUUUUCAGCACCGGACCUAGCAGAGGAUCUGACCAUAUGCAUCCACAUAGCAGUAAUGGACCUCAUCUACUGGAAGGACACAGAGAGAAGUGGCAUGGUGCUCACAGCCUUGGUGGUGGGCUUACUUUCCCUGUUCCAGCUCAGCAUCAUCUCUGUGGUCUCCACCGUCUCCCUGGCAGUCAUGUGCUUCACCAUCUCUGUACGCAUCUACUACCAGUUGCUCCACCUCCUCAGCUGGGGGGACGGAGAACAUCCUUUCAAGUCAUACUUGGAUCUUGACAUCAGUUUAAGUGGAGAGCAGGCUGACAUCUACAUGCAAAAAGCCAUUGUUGUGGCCCUGUCUGCUGUUGAUACCCUGAGGAGGCUGUUUUUUGUAGAAAAUCUUUUUGAAUCCCUCAAGUUCCUGUUUCUGAUGUACCUUGUCACAUAUCUGGGAGGCCUUUGCAAUGGCCUUACCAUCCUCAUCAUCAGUGUGAUUGCUCUCUUUUCUUUGCCCCUUUUCUAUGAGAGACGGCAGGAGCAAGUGGAUGGCUUUAUUGGAAAAAUUCAGGCCCAAAUUGACAGCAUGAAGGACUUUCUAAGAAGACUUGCCCAAGGCGGCGGCCCUCCUCCUGAUACAACUCCUGGUGGUGCCAAGCCUAAAACCCAGUGAAAUCUCAUGGACAGCGGCUCUAGGAGAAACUACCAGAGUUGCAGGUUGCCACUCAAUGUCUUACUCAGUAGUCUGUCCCUUAGACCUCCAGCAGAUGGCGCUGCAGAAACUGGGAACCUGAAGAAAAGAGCAAUGAUGUUCUGUGUACUAAGACUGUGUCUCAUUUCCAGAGGUUGGAGGAUGGCUCUCAGAUGCUCUUAAGGUGACGUAAGAGUUAGUGGAUUCUGGGUGAAAACAAUCUGGUAACAUCAUUUUUGGAAACAUCAUUUUAGCGUUAUAUAGGAGAACCGAUGAGCAUAUCAGUUAGAGCUGUUGUACUAAUGUGCUAAAGAUUGUGAGUAGGAAUUUCUCACCCCGACUCGGUCAUCAGGUGAUUUAACGUAUAUGAGAGGACAAAAACAGGGAUCAUCAUGGCAGCAUAAAAUGACCACAUCUACUUCUUCUUCUUCUUUCAGAUACAUUUUCAUCCUCACGACUGUUAAUCUGCAUGAAUGCCAGCGUAUUGUUUUGAAUGUGUGCGUCUGCUCUGACAAAUUUUACCGAAUAUGAAUCUGUUGGCCCCAAUUAAAACAAAUUUCUUCUUUA